UCAACAUAGAUUAACAUCGUCGUCGACCCUUCCCUUCCCUGAAGCCUCCUCCGAUGAACUUCCUGUAACGCCUUCUUUCUCCAUUGAUUUAUACCUUAAAUCCGUUCAUUAACUAGCUUUACUCCACGCCUCCCACUCUAUACCAUCUUUAUACGCAACCGACGGGAGGGCUCCGAGCGUUAUACAGCUCCAUCUCUGUGAAAUCUAGAAGUAUUGUCUCUGGUUCUCGGAGAAAUGCCAAGAGAGGAAGCGAGCUGAUGGGGGUUGACAUGCUAUUCCUUGACGAAAGUCUACAGGAUGAGCGGUUUCGACGUAAAGCGGAGCAACAACAUUUGGCACUUAUUUUGAAAAGUUAUCAAGAGUCCGCUAAGCCGAUACUAACUGAACUUUUCCUUUUCCGUCAUACGGCCAACUGCUUGCUUUGGCGAAUAGAAACAAACAGCUACAUGACUGCUGAGGUAAGUGCAAUCAGGAGCACAAUCAAGGACAGUUCACAGGAGGCACAACGUGUAAUGCUUACUAUACGUCUAGAGAGGGAUGUAACCGUCUGUGUCAGUAUGUUUAACCCCUUGGCUUGCCUUCAUAACAAAUUUGAAAGCUACGGAAGUGAACCAAAUAUUGUCCUUGGAGGUGGGCUAUUUCUGAACUUAACAUCUGGAAUCCAUAUUUAUUGCGACUCUGAGACUGUAGGAAAAGAGAAGUUUGACAAUUGUCAGAGAAACAAAGUCGUCAAAUUAAGCUCCUCCAACGAAAAAAUUAUUUGGAUUUAAAAGACAAUGUUUUGUCAUUCUCACUGAACAGGGUGGGUGGUACUGGAAUGGACAUGAGAAGCACAGCCAAGGUAAUCUUUUUAUUUUAUUUAUACGUUGAUGAAAAAGUUAGCAAAUUUCCUGUAAAAUAGAAUCAGAAUGUCAAAGCUUAAUGAUCUCUGUUUGGUUUACUUUUACACUUUCCCUGGACCUGCAACCAACCAUCAAAACUCCCAAAAAAGGAACUAUGAUGGUUCCAACACUUGGUGAAGCUCCCCGGGAAGAUAGUGAAGUGAUCUUAUAGUAAGACCUCUCCUGCAAACCAACCUUGCAGAUGCCACAAUGCAUUUGUUGAAAGGCACAAUAGAGGAGGAAGCGAAAACUAAGAAAAUUAAUAUCACAUGUAUGAGGACGAGAUCACAUGAUUGGUCUAUAUGAAGCUCUGCGGGUUUAGCCUCAGGCAUGUAAGAGACGAGGCUCCAUUAUAGGUGGCAAUAUAUUCUGCACCAUAUGCUUUUGUAUCUAAAAGAAAACUAAACUCUUAGUUACAAGAAUGUAAUGUUCUACACAGCAGAAAACAAUACACUUAACAAAAACAUUUACUUAGACAAA